AUGGCUCUGUGCGCUCCCAUCAUCACAACAGCAGGGAGGGAGGAGAGAAGCUGUUUGCACAGUGAACCAGACCCUCACAUCCAUCCAGCUGCUGCACCGGGACCACAGCUGGCUCAGCCCAACAGCCUCCUCCUCACUGGGUCCGCGACCGAUCUGCGCUUUACGCACAGUCAUGCUUUUUACGCACAGGUGAACUUCUAUUCGCCUCCAAUCGCAACAGGGAAAAGUAACAACAGCCUGAGCAGAUCGCCCGUCUCUUCCACACUAUCUCCUCCUCGCUUUUUCUCUCCUCUCCCGGGGCUUGAACAGGUCAUCGGGGCCAUGUCCAGGAAGAAGGGGGUAAAAGGCAAAGGGGGCGCCAAGAGCCCCAAGGCGUCGCCGAGCAGCAGCGGCGGGAGGACGGGGAAAGGUCUGGCCGCCGCCGCCGCUCCGUCCUCCGGACUGGUUUACCCCAGCAGACCGUCCAUCAGCAACAGCGGAGAGUUUUACGACAUCGCCUUCAAGGUGAUGUUGGUGGGAGAUUCAGGUGUGGGGAAGACCUGUCUGCUGGUUCGCUUCAAAGAUGGAGCCUUUCUAGCCGGGAGCUUCAUCUCUACUGUGGGCAUCGACUUCAGGAAUAAAGUCAUGAGCAUUGAUGCUGUGAAGGUCAAACUGCAGAUAUGGGACACCGCCGGUCAGGAGCGUUUCCGGAGUGUCACACAUGCCUACUACCGCGACGCUCACGCUCUUCUCCUUCUGUAUGAUGUCACUAACAAAGCAUCCUUCGACAACAUCCGGGCGUGGUUGACAGAGAUCCAUGAGUACGCUCAGCAGGACGUGGUCCUCAUGCUGCUGGGCAACAAGGCUGACUCCACACACGACAGGGCGGUGAAGCGGGAGGAGGGAGAGAAACUGGCAAAGGAGUUUGGAGUGCCCUAUAUGGAGACGAGCGCCAGAUCUGGACUGAAUGUGGAGCUGGCCUUCACUGCUGUGGCCAAAGAACUGAAGCACAGGACCAUGAAGGAGCCUGACCAGCCAAAGUUUCAGCUUCAGGAGUACGUCGACAAGGAAAUGAGGACGGUUGGCUGCUGCCGCUCGUAG